GCGCGGCGCGGCGGCUUAUAUAGUGGCCGGGCUGGCCUGUCGGGCCGCUUCUUUAGCCGGGCCGUGCCUGCACCGUGCCACGGGCCGGGGUGGCGGCCUAGGCACGGCCUGGUGCGUCGGGCCGUGCCGGCCCUGGCCCGUCGGUCACCAGGCCGGGCCGGACUGGCUGCGGGCCAAAACAGCGGGCUGCGGGCCGGGCCACCGGGCGCCGGGCUGCAUGGCCACAUAUAAUGGGUAGGUUUAUCAAGGGUGAUAUGUGUAAUUUAAGAUGUGAUGAGAAGCUGGAUCUCCUCAAGACAGGAGCAACUGGAGUUCACACAAAUUUUGAUUGCCUCUAGUUUGAGGACCUCAUGGGCAUGAAAUGCUAAUCCCCCUGUGUUUUUUCGUUGCUCCUUGGUAGUUGAGAAUUGAUAGGGGCUUCAUUUAGCAUUUAUCCAAACAACAUUUUACAAGAGCUAAUUACAAUUGUAUUUUUCUGGACUAGAAUUUACAACCACAUGCAACUUGUUGGUGUAAAAGAUCACAAAUCAUCCAAACAUAACCUUAGGUUGUUUGGUAGAAUUUCGCUGAAGGGGCUUUGGCAAACAAAGUGAACUGUUGUGGUUAGUGGAACAAAAGUUUUCCUUCUAUAAUAUAAAAUUGUCUUAAAAAUGUGAUUGCAUUAGAUGAUUUAUAACUUCUACACAUGUUAGGGACCUAUAUGGGGUUUUGAGUUUUGGAGUUGCAUGAACUUUGAUGGAGUUGAACGUUAUGAAUAACUCCUUUUGUGGACAUUAACAUGAGAUCCUAGGAACAAAUUACUUUUGGUCUUGCAUUGACAUGCUAUUCACUCAUCGGCAUGUAGUUUUGUUUGUAGCAUCCAUAAGCCAAUGUUGUACAAUCCCUAUGUUUUUGUUGCUUUGGGAUUGCACAAUGCUUUCCAUUUAUAUGAUUACCUUUCAUGUAAUUUAUGGAAUAACUUGUCAUUUCCUGUGUGACCAUGAUUUGUUCUUUUUGUAGUUGUUGCUUGGAUGCUGUUGUUUUGAAUAAUGAAUUUUGUUCCAUUGCUUGUAGUUGGAGCUGAUUUAAGUCGUUAGAAAACGAUGAAUAGUCCAAGGAAACCUAGUCCAUCUUAUUUUGGCCCGAGGCGACGCAUGCCAACUAGAUUGAAGGUGGCAAAUGGAUUGUCUUUGAGGAAACCUGAAGAUAGGUUUAGAUUGAUGAAAACUGACAAGGAAUACCGAAAACAUCGGGCAAAUAUAAAAUUCAUGAAUCUAUCCAAGAGCAAUCACGUGAAUGAUCCGCGAGUGAAUGUUGUGACAGAAGGAGCCAACACAAUUUCUGCCAACUAUACCAACAUUGGGCCAUCAAGUGCUUUAGUAAAGAAUAGCAAACCAGGAUAUGUGCUAGCCUCAAAGCAUGCAAGCCGACCUACUACAUUGAGGUUAGACAAUAGCUUGAAUCCGUCAUCGGAUGUCAAGUGCUCUAAGCCCUCUAGGAAUGUACUUCCUUUGAAAAUACCAAAGGCGCCUGCCUCUUGGAAGUCAAAGGAUGACUCAAAUGCCAUAGUGACACAUCUAGAGCAAUCUCACCAUAUAAAGACAUCUAGAGCAAUCUCAUGUCGAACUCACUUGAAGGCGAUGCCAAAUUUGAUUCACAAGGCAAAGAAUGUUGCUACCUCAAAUCUAAAUAAUGGUGCCUUAGGUUCAAGGCGAAGGGGCCAGUCGAAUUCAUAUAAAGGAGAAGACAUCAGUGUUGGGCAAGAAGGCACUAAAACUUCAGGGCCCUUGAAAAGUGGAGAAGGCUCAAGAAAAUCAAACAUCCUAGUGGUAAAUCGGAUUGAUCCUAACAAAAAUGAGCCAAAGAAAGUGAAGGGAAGCCAAGAUGAAGUUGUGACCAAAGAAGAAGGAAUGAAAGGUCAUACAUGUGAAGACCGUGUGGUGCAUGGCAAUCGUCAUAAGCUGAUGAAUACCAAAAAGACAAAUGACGCUCCAAAUUUUAGUUCAUUGUUAGUUGGGAAGAAACACAUGCAAGGUCUUGGGAGUAAUUUGAGAGAUAAUUCAUCCCAUUUGUUUGGAAAGAAUCAUUGCGGACACCAAAGGGACGAUCCAUUCAUUGAAGUUAAUAAUGGUGCAACAUUUUCUUCCAAACAUGAUCUCUCAUGUGAGUAUAGAGAAACAAACUUGAAGUUGCCUAAUAGGGUCCAAUCAGUUGGAGGCAAUGGGAAAAACAAUGACGUCAUAUCUAGGAGGAAACGACCAUUGUUAGAAGAAAAGGCUAGUACACAUGUGCAAAAAGAUCUUACUUGUAGACCAAUGAAGAGACGGAGAUACAUAGAAGCCAAUGAAGAUGAAGAAGGCAAUGUUGGCGACCAACAUCUGGUGCAUAUUGAAGAUGUUACCACUGAAUUGACAGCACAGGCUUCUAUUUCAAAGCAUUGUGUUGAGCGGCAAUGCAAUUGUUGCUCGAAGCCUAUUGACAUACCGAGAUGGAGUGGACUCUUUAAGAUAGAUGGAAAGGAAUACAUAUCAUUGGCUGGACAUUUGUCGUCCAAAUCAUGCGAGAAAGUGUGGAAAUUGUCAUCAUUGCCGAAGGUGGUUCAAGUGACAAAGGUUCCUAGAAUGGCAGCAUGGCCUAAGAUAUUUAAAGCAUCAAAACCCACUGGUGACAAUAUUGGCCUAUAUUUCUUCCCUCCUGAAAUGAGGCUUGAUGAAGAACUAGAUCAACUAAUUAAUGAAGUCAUGGAUAAAGAUUUGAUCUUGCAAGCUGUUAUUGGUGAAGCUGAGAUGUUGAUAUUCCCGUCUGUUCUCCUGCCUGAAAGAUAUCAAACAUUCCGAAGAAAGAACUACCUAUGGGCGGCGUUCAAAGCAAAAGAGGAUAAAGUUGAUGUAAUUGUAGAACAGGAGGAUGAGAAGGAAAAAUAUGUUUCAAACCAGCUAGAUGAGGUACAAUCUGAGGAACCAGAUCAAGAAAUGAUUUUGAUGAAAAGUGCCAUGUUUUUGGAGAACCAACAGUUUCCUGUUAAGAGCAUUCAAGAAGUUGAAGCUUGCUGUGUUCAAGGGCCCACCAAUAUGUGGCUUGAACAUGAAUCUCCUGAAGAAAGAAGACUCAGAGACUCAUUGCAUCGAGCUAUCUGCACCACUGCAACAUCUACUGCAGUUGCUAAUGCUGCUACAGUUCCCACUGAAGCUACUCCGUUUACCACUGAUAAUGCUUCAUUUCCUGCAAAUCAUGGACCAAUCCAUCCAAGCACGGAAGCUCCGCCUCAAAACAGUAGUGUCUUUGGUAUUGUUCUCCGCGAAGCUCCAAAUCUUGAGCCAGAAGUCAAGCAAUUUAUCCAGGAGAUGGAACGCAAAGGUGCAUUGGUCACUGUUAUGAGAGGAAAGGCAAUUGGUGGAGACCCAUGGCCAAGCAACAUCACGACCACUAUGCAGUAGUUGUAGAGGGAGUAGAGAUUAGGGAGCACAAUGUCAGUCUGACAUAACAAUGUGAUUGCCACGUAGUGCUGUUACCAGUGAAGCAACUGCAAAUGUGCUGGGCCUUUUGAGGCGAGAUAGUCAGGUAGUGGACAUGGAUAUUAGCUCUUGUUCAGUUUUUUGUAAGGUGCCUCUUAAAGGACACCUGCUUGCAAGGUUCAGGUGCAUGUAGUGGUGUUAUUAUAGUCUAACGCAGGUUUGGUCAUAUAAUAAUUUCUCCAGUAAGACAUACCUUAGCACCUGUUUUCUGAAUGCUUGUCAUUUCCCCAGUUGCAGUUGUGUGUACGUGGCAUCUGAAUUCUGAUAGCUUUCACGUCUCUUGUAAUAUUGCUUCCAACCUGCAUACAAUACACAAAAGAUGCUUGACUUUUAUAUACUAGCUUCCAAUCGAAUUGCUACUUAAA